AUGGCGGAGGCGGAGGCCCAUAGCAUCGUCAUCGUCGGCGGCGGCAUCUGCGGCCUAGCCACCGCUCUUGCACUUCACCGGAAAGGGAUUGCUAGUCUUGUGUUGGAGAAGUCUAGGAGUUUGCGAGCAGAUGGCGCGGGCAUCGGCGUCCACGCCAACGGAUGGCGAGUCCUGGAGCAGCUUGGCGUCGCUGCAGAGCUCAGGGAGACUGCCCAUCUUAUCACCGUGUAUCAUGACGUGUGGCAGCAGGGAGACAGAACCCGCCGAGAAAAGGUUCCAGUAAGGACGGAGCUCCGAUGCUUAAACAGAAAGGACCUGAUCGAGGCACUGGCCAAGGACAUACCUGCAGGGAUGAUCCGCUUCGGCUGCCGCAUUGCUGCCAUCGAUGCGGAUCCCAGCAGCCAUGGCGCCGUCCUUACAAUGGCGGAUGGUACUACCAUGAAGGCCAAGGUCCUGAUCGGGUGCGAGGGCACCUACUCCGUGGUGGCUAAGUAUCUUGGACUGUCUCCGGUGAGAACCAUCCCACGCGCAGUGCUCCGGGGGUUCACAUGGUUUCCGCAUGGGCAUUCUUUCGAGAACGAGUUCCUGCGCCUACGAGCCGGAGAUUUCUUCAUCGGGCGAUUAACAAUCACCGACAACCUGGUCCAUUUCUUCAUAACAAUGCCCAAACCUCCGACAGGUAUUCACCCUCACGGACAACCUGGUCCAUUUCUUCAUAACAACGAGUGCCUGCCUGAUGAUGUCAUGAAUGAGCCAGCAGAUGUCAGCACCAAGGACUUGAAGAAAGUGAGGGAUGUCGCGCUAAAGGAGAUGCAGGACGUAGAAUGCCCCGCCGAGAUCAUCGACAUCGUCCGCGACUCGGACCCGGAGUCGCUCAACUUCGUCACGGAGUUCUGGUACCGUCCGCCGUGGGAGGUCAUCUUCGGCAGCUUCCAGAAGGGCACCGUGACCGUGGCCGGCGACGCCAUGCACGCCAUGGGCCCAUUCAUCGGCCAGGGCGGCUCGGCGGGGCUGGAGGACGCCGUCGUGCUCGCGCGGUCGCUGGCGCGGGCCGUGGACGACGCUGACGGUGCUGGGAAGGACGCCCCGGCCUCGGCGCGCGAGAAGAUGAUCGGCAAGGCGAUCGGGGAGUACAUCAGGGAGAGGAGGCCGCGGGUGGCGUUGCUGUCCCUCGAGUCCUUCAUCAUGGGGGCGCUGCUGGUGCGCUCGCCGUCUCCGGUCACCAAGCUGGCCUGCGUCGCCGUGCUCAUUCUCUUGGGGAGCAAGUCGCUUAGGCAUGCUUACUAUGACUGCGGUCGCCUCUAG